UGGUACCACUGAGGAAGUACGAAGUUUGACCAAAGGCCCACCCAAAAUCAAAUCACUAGACGAUAGACCCACCAUCACAAAUAUAAACUAUUAUUAAAAAAAUAAAAAGAAAUUCCCGACCAAAAAUACAAAAAUUCUCCCUUAAAAGAAAAGAAUUCGAAGAACUUCGUACCUUGAACUAUAAGAAAUAUAGAAUAGAAAUAGUAUGAGCAUUUAAUGACACUUGUAUCCGAGUCAAAGAACGGCCCACUCACGGCGUUAAUGAAGCAGUCAAAAGUCAGCGUAACCAACGGUGAUCUCCGCGUCCAUCGUGUGACGGAGCAUCCGACUGAUUCUGUUAUCGCUAGAAACCACCUGAGAGAGCGAGCGAGUCAAUCCCAGUCAAAGACACAUAUACCUCUCCUCUCCCCCCGCUCUCUCUCUCUCUCUCUCUCUUUAAAGCAGCAAAACCCUCCUCCUCCCUCUCUCCUCUUUCCUUUCCGUCUUCGUCUUCGUGUUCUUCUUCUUCUUCCGUCAAGUACCAGCAUCGAUACAGCACAUAGAGCGAAAUCCAGUGAAUCUCUCGUUGGGGAGUGUACAUACGGAGGAACACUGCUCCGCACUUCGCUCAAGGAUCUUCCCGCGCACGUGUCGCGCGCCUGGGAGUCGGUUGUUAUGGCAGAGAGAGAGAACCAACACUUCGGAGCUCUCCGAGCGGAGGAUUCUGCCGACAGCAGCUAUGAGUCCGCGUCGGAACUGGAGUCGGGGUCUGAAUUGGACGAUGAUCGGGUGCCGGAGUCGGCUACGCUCAGGGAGUCGCGGCGAGGCGAGCUCCGCGGCUCUGGCGGUGGAGAUGGCGUGGAGGAGAACGGGAGUGAGUUGAAAACCCUAACCGCGGGAUCUCCUGCUCGAUUUUCGCAGAAUAAUCACAGUGAAGGUUUGCCUGGCCAUUCUACUCAGAGAGAAGAAUCCGAGGAGCAAGGCGUGAUGUCCAAGCAGGAAGUUAUGGCAGGUAUUAUUGGUCAGGCACUUCAACCCCUGGCCGGUAACCGGCUUGUGUCUUCUGUGUGUCCAACUUCUUCAUCAGAAAUCUCACCAAGUUCUGUCGCUCAGUCUGUGUCAUCAGCUCCCAGAAUUGAGAAUUCAUGCUUAGGAAAAGCAGAUCUACGAAAUAGUUCUGGCCAGAAGCCUGCAUUAACCUUAGCAGCUGUAAAAGCAUCAUGUGCUGAUGGUUACAAUUGGCGUAAAUAUGGUCAGAAGCAAGUGAAAAGUCCUCAAGGGUCCCGAAGCUAUUUCAGAUGUACAUAUUCCGAAUGUUGCGCCAAGAAGGUUGAAUUCUGUGAUCAGUCGGGUCAUGUACUGGAGACUAUUUACAAGAAUCAACAUAAUCAUGACCCUCCGAAAAAGGUCAACAAUGUGAGACAAAGUAGGAUUGUGAAAUCUGCUGGACCUGUUGUGGAACAUAAUGCUAAAGAACAUUCUAUCCGAGUUCUCAAUGGUUCAAAUCCGUCGGCAUCCUCUGGAGAAUCAGUACGAGAUACGUCAAUGCUGUACGAAGGAAAAUCUCAGGAUUCUUGUGGCUUUAACGGGAAUCCUGGGACUACCACAGAGAAGGAAGAAGCCCUUGGAUCAGAGCCAAAACGUAGGGGGAAGAAAAACAGCUUGUCCCACUCAAGCCCCGUCUUAAAACCCGGGAAGAAACCAAAGGUGGUUGUUCAUGCAGCAGGUGAUGUGGGAGUCUCAGGUGAUGGAUAUAGGUGGCGCAAGUAUGGACAGAAGAUGGUAAAGGGAAAUCCUCAUCCCAGGAACUACUAUAGAUGCACUUCUGCAGGGUGCCCAGUCCGGAAGCACAUUGAGACUGCUGUUGAUAACGCGAGUGCAGUUACCAUCACCUACAAAGGAAUGCAUGACCAUGAUAUGCCCGUCCCCAAGAAGGGACAUGGGCUUCCGAGUGGCCCACUAGUGGCAGCCAAUUCCCCUGCUUCCCUGUGUAGUUCCCACAAUAAAAAACUCCAUCAAUCCCAAACUCAAAAAUCUCCCACUCAGUGGUCGGUAGACAAAGAGGGUGACCUAACAGGGGAGGCGAUGGAGCUCGGGGGUGAGAAGGCCAUGGAAUCAGCCCGGACUCUCUUAAGUAUUGGAUUCGAGAUCAAGCCGUGCUGAAUCGACCGUGAGUCCUUCCUUGUCAUGGCAUGUAAAAAAAUGAACAGUCACACUGGGACAGUGUGGAUGGCGAUGGAGUCAGGUUUGGCUAUUUACAAAUUUAAUUUUGCGCUCUCAUUUUCCUGCUCUCCUCUUAAUAUCCCAUCCAGGGGUAUUUGUAAUUUUGUAGUUUAUUAUGUGUCAGUUUCUUAGUUUCAUUUUUAGUGGCAGAGUUUGUGUAUAUAUAAUGGUUCUGUAUGCCCUUAUUUGAACUUAGAUUAGGAUUCACGUUGCGUCUCUAGCUAGGGUGCUCAAAGUCUUGAGUUUUGCUAGAUAGUUUGCUGGGUUGAUAUUGCCCUCUCUCUGGAGCAGGUAUAUUUAGUUUUAGGCCAUUUUUACUGAGUUCAUCGGCAUGAGACAUGGUCCCCUAUGUGUGCCUGUGGCGAGAGCUGCGAUGCUCGAUGGGGGAGAGAUUUCGUUGGAUUUGGAACAAAGUCUGAAGAUGGCUGCGACUGCUCUCGGUUUUUUGUUUGUUGGGUGUUAAUGUGCGUUGAAGUUUGCA